CAAAAAUUAAUCUUUCAUAAGAAGGGUUUUCGUGAGAGAAAAUAUCGAUGAAAGAUCCAAACAAUAUUUUAGGAUCCAUUCCUACUCCUUCAUACGUGUCAGAUAUCGUGAAGAAAAUUUCUCGUCAAGAAUCCGUCGAUAAUUUAUGGGAACCUCCCGAUCCUCCAAGCGAGCGUGUGCGUGGAGGAAUCAUCCCGAUUUCUAAGAUUAAGGUUUAUGUAAAAUUGUACCGACAAGGAGAAAAUAAGAAUAAUGAUGCCAGUGAUUCGUUCAUCUCAUCAUGCACCGCGAGCAAUAAAAUCUCAUUAAAAUUUAUCGAACAUUUGAACGAUUCCGUCAUCAACGAUGAUUGGUUGGAUGAUGAUAAUAACGCAGAGGUAUUGGAUCUAAAGGCGAGAUUUAGAUCUCUGAAUAAAUCUCCGACUUACUCCUUUGAUUACGUUUUCUCCCCCGGCUCCAUCAAGACCGAAAAUGCUUUUCAUAUUUUGAAAGAUAUAAUUCCCGACUUUUUCGAUGGCAAAUCUUCCACCAUUGUAGUCAGCGGUACCUCGGACCAAGAAAUAUUGGAUUCCCUGAUAGGCAGAUUUGGAGCUCACGAAACCGGACUAUUGACGGGUGCGAUAUAUUUGACUUCCAAAGUAAUCGAUUCGAUCGGAUAUAAAAAAGAAUCCGAACUACCUCAUUUCGAAUUGACUUUUUCUAAGUCCUUGAUCCCGUUAGCUCAAUCGAAUACAAACGAAAUUGUUGCGCCUAUCCAAUUUUCGAUCGUUCUUAAUCACCGUGCCUCUUCCCUAUUAGUCGAUACACUUAAAAACGAAUACCUCACUCAUUCAAAUCACUCGCGGACCAAUCACCAGCUCUAUGUAAUAAGUUUGAAAAGGUUUUAUCUAGCCGACAAAACGAACAAUAGUAAAAUAUACAGUAGAAUCAACGUACUUUGUUUGGCCAAUAACCAAAGUUACGAUAAAUAUCUUCGACCUAAUGGCCGCGAUAUUAAGAGAUACCUUGAACUAAGAGAUGUUAUAUAUUCUCUAUUGGAUCUGCCUCGAGAUGAUUCCUAUCAUAACCAGGAUUUUCGAAAUUACGAUCAAAUUAAAAAUUCAGCAAUAAAUAUUAUUAGCCAUGUUAACAACACUCAAGAUGAAUACGUAUACAAUCAUUUAAUUUUAAAAAUGUUGUCGGAUAUUUAUACGAACAAGGAAUCCAAACAGAUCCGUUAUUUUAAUAAAAUGGGAUCUCCAUUGCUCAAGGAAAAAUCAAAUAAAAGAUAUCCGUUUCACCAUUAUUUUGACGAUUUUAAUUCCAGCACCGAAGAAUCCUACCCGACCGUUAUAUACUUAUCGAAAAACUCGCGCAAAUAUCAUGCCGACAAUUACGAUAAUCUGGACAAGUUACUGCCGAUUCAAUUAAACAAAUCCAAGAAUAAUAUAUACCUCACUAAUCGGGAGAAAAAUCAAAACGUUAGACCGGGUUUAUUGGUGGAAGGGAAUAAAAAGUAUUUUAGCCAUGAUUCUCUGGAAAGUAACGGCAGCGAAACGUACUAUUACAACAACAAAGUUAUAAUAAAACCGGGCAAGGCGCCCCUCCGCGAUAUAUCUAGCCGGAAAAAAUUUGUCAAGGAUAAGCCUCUGCAUUGCUUAUCCUCUACGCCACCUCCCAGAAACAAAAAAUAUUCCUUCAAAGUCGACGGUAGUUUUGACAGAGGUCAAAUGUACAGCAGUUUAAAUCGCAAGCACGUAAAAAUGAGGGAGUCUAAGCACUUUACAAGGCCUCACCAAGAAUCCGUAGAACGGAAGCAGCUGGAUAAUAUUAACGGUUUUAUGGAUAUUAUUAAAGAUUCAAACGAACUCCAGGGUCCCUUUAAAUUGAGCACGGCGCCUAAUUUGAAAGAAACUUGGAUUGACGGGCCGUAUUCCCCGGAUUUUUUAAAGAAUAUACAAAAUAAAGUUGCCAUGAAUAAAAAUUCCAAUAUCAACUCGUUCCCAGUUAAUGAAAGUAAUAAUACGUUUGUGGCCAAAGUAUGCGAGCUUACUGAUAAUCCAUCUAUCGGUCAACGCAGAACGAGUAAAUUAAAAAAAUUCACUUCUACGAAUUGUGAUUCACUUUUGCAGGUUAUUUCGCGAUCCAACAUGAUUUUACCAAAUGUCACGUCAUCACUAGACACCCAAAAUUUAAUGCUUAAACAUUCGAACAAAACGGAUUUGGAAAUAAAUAUAAAAGAGUUGCAAGUCAUAGGGGACGAAUUGAACAACAUUUUCAAGAAACACGAAGAUUUAGAAAAUGUAUUUAUGAGCGAAAGCGCUGAAGACACAAUGACGGAUUUUAAUCUUUCCUUCGUUGACAUUCCAUACCUCUCGGAAUCUCUGAACCUAAAGAAUAAUCACGAUAACGUAAAAUUCAGUUUUACCAAACCGUGUUUGUAUAGUCAACCUCAAAAACAUUUGACUUCCGAAACCCUUAGAACCACCUCUCAUUCGAUUUCUAUAAGCGAGUUAUCGGCCAAGCAUAAACCGGUAAUGAAAGUUGAUCCUUUUGUCACGUCAACUUAUUGUCACAUGGGUAAAAGGCAUGACAAUAGUACAAAAGAAUCGGCAGAUAUUCAUAAUAGCACAUGGGUGAAAGGUGAAAAUAUAGGCAGAUCCAACAUAUUCGUAGAAAACGAUAUCUACGCCAAUAAUCGUCAUCGCGACAAAAAAAUUUAUCUAAACAAUAGUAUGACAGACAUCUCUUAUACAACGAAGACGCCCACUCAGAACUAUCUGAAAACACGUUAUUACGGUCUAGACGAUCAGCAUCUUACGGAACGACCUCAAUGCUCAAAUAAUCCUCAAUUUCACUGUUAUAAUUUUAAUUUUCUACUUGGCGGGCAAUCGCAGAAACUUGCUUUACCGCACCGUGACAUAGCUUCAACUAAAAAUCAAAGUUCCCUUAAAUUAAAUUUUAAAUUUAAAGGGGAGGAAUCCGUGAAUCGAAACCAGUUGUCAACAAAUUGUUUAACACAUAGCCUUUCGUGUUCAUGUUUUAACAACCUUUUAGGUUUACAUCUUACGGCCGAUAAUCCAAGUCGAGAUGACACGACAUUGAUGAUUACAUCGAACAAAUAUAAACCCACGGAUAUCGAGAACGCCAAUCAUUUUCUAAUCGAACCUCCGAAUAAUUUUGAAUCAAAUUUGAGUAGAGAAGAUUCGUUAAGAUCUCUUUUUAAUUUUUACGAAAAAGAAAAAACGACAUCCUCUUUGAACUAUGAACACAUCUCGGAAAUGGUGACAGCUCAUAAUUUACCUAAAGUAAACUCUAGAGAGAACGGAAGCAGUGGUUACGAAUCGAGUCCAAACAGGACUAACGUUACCGAAUACGAAGUCUGCGCCGGUGAAACGGAAGAUAAAUAUUCUUUAUUGGGCACUGAUAAAUCAAGCCCGGCUUACGAUGAAAUUCGAGAACAAAUACACCCCAUUCACCACCACUAUGAAUCUAUUGAUAAAAUCAAAAAUAGGAAAAUGAUGAAUAAAAACAAAAAUCUAAAAGGCCAACCAAUAACAGUGGAAGUUAUAAGCAAAAACAACGGUGGUGGAAUAAAUGAUGUGAUGCACCGACCCGUGCUCAAAGAUGGCGCAACUUCACCCUAUAUCAAAUCUUCAUGGGCAAAACUAUUUUGUUGUUAAAUUUAAAGCUGAAUCAAGAUUAUUAUUUCUCAUAAAUAAUCAAUUUAUUUGAUUUUAUAAC